GGUUAGAUCAAAGCCUGGCCUUUGCAAUAGUGCCAGUUUUCCCUUGAGCCAUGGAGUCCAUUCUGGACGGACGCCAUACACUCACUUCUGUCGCUCUUUCCUUGUGUUAUUUUGCCUGCCUCUUGACCUGUGGCUGCCUCUUUUUGACACACGAAUGUAGCUGGCUAGCUCUCCAUGUCUCCAAGACUAUCCCUGUUGUUUUCAGCACAUUCCUGGUGCUGACCCUUGCUUUCUUCUUGCUCACCAGCUUCACGGGCACCACAAUUUUCUACAAAGCUUUUUCAGGAAUGGAUGAAGAGCUGAUGACCCAGGCCAUGACCAGGUACUAUACCAACUGGCGCUGGUGCCACAAAUGCCAGCUGUACUGCCGACCCAAAGCCUCCCGAUGCCACCGGUGCAAGACUCGCGUGAAGGGAUUUGUCCACUGCUGGAUGUGGAUAAACCACUGCGUCGGCUCCAAAAACUACUGCUUCUAUUUGCUCUUGCUGCUCUCUCAAAGCUGCUACGAACUGGCCAUCCUGGUCUGCUGCCACAUCUACGCUGCCUUCAACACCCAGCGGGAUUUCAGCAACGAUAAACAAUGCAUGUCUAUCGUGACCAUCGGUGCCGCUUUUAGCCUGUUGUGCCUGCUAAUCCUCCUCUGCAUCCAGAUCGUCAUCUUCUCAGAUAUCCGUCGCCAAGCCAAGUCCAAGGUGCAAACAGGCUGCUCCGUAGAAUGCCUUGAUCCCAAUGAAGACUCUUCUUCCUCCUCUUCCUCCUCGAAGUACCAAGCGACCCACUGUUGUCGUCUUUCUCCUGCGAGCAGGAUCCUCUCCGCUUCCGACGUCUGAUGAGCAUCUCGGAGACCCUCUUUCCGUCACAACCAAUGACUGCUCUACUUUUGCAUUGGAGAAACAGAGUUAAAAUAGAAAUCCCCUCCAAA